GGAAGACGGAAGUAGAUCCCAAGCAAGCAAGGGAGCGCGAGGCGCAGUGAGUAACACAUGGGAUAUAUCUCGGCUAUGUACUAAUAUCGCACACUGACCCGGGCUCCGCCUGGCAGCGUCAUUCUCUCACUCACUGAGUGCACACUCACAGGGUCACCACCUCCCUGAGGGCACACUCACAGUGCCAUCACCUCACUGAGUGCACACUCACAGUGCCAUCACCUCACUGAGGGCACACUCACAGUGCCAUCACCUCACUGAGUGCACACUCACAGGGUAACCACCUCCCUGAGGGCACUCUCACAGUGCCACCACCUCACUGAGUGCACACUCACAGGGUCAUCACCUCCCUGAGGGCACACUCACAGUGCCACCACCUCACUGAGUGCACACUCACAGUGCCAUCACCUCACUGAGGGCACACUCACAGGGUCAUCACCUCCCUGAGGGCACACUCACAGUGCCAUCACCUCACUGAGGGCACACUCACAGGGUCAUCACCUCCCUGAGGGCACACUCACAGUGCCACCACCUCACUGAGUGCACACUCACAGUGCCAUCACCUCACUGAGGGCACACUCACAGGGUCAUCACCUCCCUGAGGGCACACUCACAGUGCCAUCACCUCCCUGAGGGCACACUCACAGUGCCACCACCUCACUGAGUGCACACUCACAGUGCCAUCACCUCACUGAGGGCACACUCACAGUGCCAUUACCUCACUGAGGGCACACUCACAGUGCCAUCACCUCACCUGAGGGCACACUCACAGUGCCACCACCUCACUGAGGGCACACUCACAGUGCCAUCACCUCACUGAGGGCACACUCACAGUGCCAUCACCUCACUGAGGGCACACUCACAGGGUCAUCACCUCACUGAGGGCACACUCACAGGGUCAUCACCUCACUGAGGGCACACUCACAGUGCCACCACCUCACUGAGGGCACACUCACAGGGUCACCACCUCCCUCAGUGCACACUCACUGGGUCAUCACCUCACUGAGGGCACACUCACAGUGCCAUCCUCACUGAGGGCACACUCACAUUGCCAUCCUCACUGAGGGCACACUCACAGUGCCAUCCUCACUGAGGGCACACUCACAGUGCCAUCCUCACUGAGGGCACACUCACAGUGCCAUCCUCACUGAGGGCACACUCACAGUGCCAUCACCUCCCUGAGGGCACACUCACAGUGCCAUCACCUCCCUGAGGGCACACUCACAGUGCCAUCACCUCCCUGAGGGCACACUCACAGUGCCAUCACCUCCCUGAGUGCACUGGGUCACCCCCUCACUGAGUGCACACUCACAGGGUCACUGAAUUGACAUUUACAGAUUUGAGGUUUUUAGGUGGCACCAUCCCUCACUAAUCGAGUGGACACUCACAGUCUCUGGAUGGUGUUUCACAAUACACCAAGAGUAGCUUAACUGUGUCAGUGCUGCCAGAGAAUGUUAGACCCCCCACCCCACAGUUAUGAGGCUGAGGCUGCCUCAGUCACUAUACACUAUGUAUAAUUCACAGGCUCCACCUUGACUCCAGGUCUAAUGAGAUCUGUGGCGUGGCUCUUUUAAUUGGUUUUCCCGCAUUAUGUGGAAUGGUACCUGUCCAGUAAUGCAUGGUGCAUCCCACGGAUGAGAGAACCAAUAAAGCUAAUAACUGGUUACGUCUCAGCUACCGUGGUCUGUAUUGCCUGUCAUUCAGAGUCUGGCUGUACAUUAUGGGAUUUGUAGUCCACAAGCCAUCCGUUAUUUUUGUGGUAUUGGUAUUAAAAGCACGCUGACAGACGUGGAUCCCUUGCUCACGUUGCCUAUAGGGAUAUCAGCUAUACCUCACUGAUGUUGCCUAACAUGGCAGAAACAAUCAUCUGGGGUUGCUAUGUCUCUCGUGCAGAGGGAACUUGUUGGCAUUUCGGAUCUGGGCUGGACCAGUCUGAUAUGCUUCAGAUAUGUUCUCUCUGUAAUGGCACAAGAUAAGCUAAAACCAGCUUGAGUUCUGAGCGGGGAACCACCGAAGGGCAGGCCAAUUUAGCUGCUGCCCAUUCUCCGAAUACUCUUGCGACCCAUUUUUUUGCUCUCCAUUAUACAAAAUUGAGAAACACUUUUCCCAUCAGUCUUUCAUUUGCUGGGCCAGUGCAAAUAAUCACAUACAAAGCGGCUACAACCAUCACUUGCAUCUUAAUAUUAAGGGCAGCAGCUGUUACAGACUUUAUUAAUGAUUUAUGCUCAUCAAAAAUAACUGCAUUGCAACUUGUGUUGUAGCUGUGCAACCAUCCAAAAUACUCUUAAACAGAUGUGUUCUCAUGGUACAGUAACAUUAGUUGAAUCAGCCAGGCUUUUCCAGACUGUUAUAUGGUGUUUCUGGGUCAUAACACCAUAAAUAACAUCCUGGCUCCUGUGGCUCAAUUAAAAACUAAACACAUCCACCGAGGAGAUUGUACAGGGACCUCACUGGAAUGUUGAACGCUGAGUUUUCAAUAAACAAGUUCACUCCAUGAUCAAACGUCAUGUCUGAAAUUCAUAAAGGCAUUAAUAUACUACAUCACUCAGUGCUCUUAUAUUGGUUUGAACAGUAAAACGUAUGUUUUGUACAUGUUAGUCUGAUGCUGGAAGCCAGUGGCUGUGUAUUUUACUAAAGACAGUUUGUACCAUAUAAAAUAAUACUAUAUAUAAACAGGAAUGAGACCCAAAUGCAUGUAGAUCAUUAGUCCACUGAGUGAUGUUCCUGAUUUUCAGAUGGUCUGGUUUUCACUGGCACAGUCAAUUAUGCAACAGAUCAUUGUGACAUUCUUCAACUUAAACACUUGUAAUCGCUCACCCCAGCUACAGUGUAGCACUUCACCAUCAAAGAUAAAGCAAAAGGACGCGUAACCAAGCAACCAGGCCUUUUCUCUCACUCAGAAACCCUGUCAGGUAACAAAUAUGGGUUUUGGUAGGUGUCAAAAAUCUUUUUCGUAUGUUGUUCUGCACAAAAGUACUUUAAAAUCUAUUGAGGAGAUUCACAGACAUUAUAUUUCUAUUGCAGUCAUUCUUAAAGUGACAGUCUAUGCCCUCAAACCACUACAGUGACAUAGUUGUUAUGGUAAGAGUCAAACAGUUUGCGAAAAAACUGGCACUAACCUGGAUUCUCUGCCCACCUGCGUUGUGGUCCUGUCUGCAAACAUGGCUACAGUUAUCCUUAGGAAGAGGGGCCUGGACCAUGGACACCUGGGUAUGUGUGAAACCAUUAAAACAAGUUGAUUCUUACCCAGGGAAUGGUACCGAGGGAUCUAUGGUGCUUAGGUUGCCCCAUUAGACGACCACUAUGGAAUCGGGAAUAAAAUCUGUAUUCCUAAUACUAUAGUCCCCCAACCCUUAUUAGAUUGGGGAAAUACAAAUUACUUUUUUUUCCCCUAGCAUUGGGACUCCUUUGGUGCUGCUGCCCACUUCGCCUCUCACAACAUUAUAGUAAAGGCAUUGCUUCCUCAGCAAUCAUCCAAUGGAAUGCUUCUGUUAGAUGAACAUUGGGCAUGAGAUGAACGUGUGUGGAGUGUGCCGUCCAGUGCUUCUCUUAGGAAAGGAUUGAAUUUGAUGCUUUGCUACGAGCUGUAUUUGAUGUUUAACAUUCUCAUGGACAUUGAACAUCACAUGAUCAGGUUUGACGCGGUUUUUGCAUAGGAAGAGCCUCUAGUGACUGUCAGGAAGACGGCCACUAGCUGUGUGUUUAAUCCAUCUGCCAAAGGUUUUACAUUACAGGGUCACUGCACCCAGACCACGUCAUUGAGAUGCAUUUAGCGGUCCUUUAUUCUCUUGGACCCCAUGUUAUUUCAUGUUAUUUCAGUCAGACCCCAAAUGUCGGACCUGACAAAUCCCACAAUACAUUGAUUACUGUAGUCUUUCUGAUUUCCCUGGUAGUGGUUUUACACUUGGACUGAGUCACCAAGUUAAUGUAAUAUCAUUUAAAUCCCUGUCAAAAGAGUGGUAAUCUCUGAAAAGAGACUACUACUGCAAGGUCUACUCUAGACUAUAGUACGGAGAGUCUGGUGGUGUUAUACCACCCACAGCACCCUCAGCCUAUAAUGCCAGACAUUCAUUAUCAGUGCAGUUAGCUGAAGAAGGGGUCGUCUCUGGGCACUAGGGAGAGUCCUGUGUUUUCUCAUACCAAAGCAGCUUGACAAAAAACAUCUGGGGCCACAAACAGAGACUGUUCACAUCAUACAAACUACAGUGAGCUGUUGUGGUUAUGGUGCAUGUUGCAGAAAUGCCUCUGCCACGUGUUCUUGGAGGGGCCUGCUUGCCAGCUUCCUGCCUCAAGACUAUGGGCCAUGCAAAAGGCUCAUAAAAUACUUUGUUCAUACACUUUAUCUAUUCUGUUUGGGAACCGAACAUGCAUACGAACCAUGGACCACCCAGGAGCUUGUUAAGCCUAAUUGACCGUUUGUAACACGUUCCACCGCAGUGUUCUAAUUGUUCCGUCUGGGUGGCUGCUGUUCGCAUGAACAACCACGAGGUGGCGGCCGUCUUGUUCCCGUGAACGCAAGCAGUGGUGUUUGGGAAUGAAUCUCAUGGAACUGAAAUCGGACACAGAAACUCCCGAACACCGCUGGACUUCUAGCAUCACCUGCAUUUGGUUGUACACCACUUAGUAGGGUACUGUUUGGAAACGUUCCCACGAACUAGGGGAACAAGCUCCAGGCUAAGACUAUUGACCAUGUUCGGGCAUAGGACCAUGUGCACGGUUGGUCAAAUAAUUGACUUCCAUGAAAUUCCCGAACCCCUGAACCGAUCUGGGUGAUUUUUGGAUAUGUUGGUCACCCAGAUCGGGGCUAUCAGGGGAUGUGGAGUUUUCAUGUGUUUUGGGGGUACUUUUGAGGUAUUGUUAUAUUGCAUGUUUUCUGUACAGGGAGAUAAUUUAAUUCAGAUGUUUGCUGGCAACUAGUUCUCUAUCAGGUCCAGCGGAGGAAUUCCCCUGGAAUGUGAUUUUAGGAAACCCUUUGCAUGGGGAGUUGCAUAAAAGGCCAUGUAUGGCUCCCAAUAAAUCAGUUCACCCACAGCACAGAACCUCGUUUCAUGUGUGGGGGGGAAAGCUAUACCUACUAUAAUCACUUUCUAUACUGCUCUUUGGAUUACUAUACAGCUAUACUCUCUUGGAGGAGAGGUCUUCCCACUGGGAGCUGGAUCCAGGUGUUGGUCUAGGGUGGGAAGGAACGGCGAAUCCCCAGCCAAGCUGCGGCGGCUAAGGGGACUGCGGUGCUUAUAGUACACAGGGAUACUAGGAAGCAGCGAUUGGCAGAGGUAUCCAGUUGGGAUGCCAGGCGGUCCACCACAAUGCAUAUUGUUCCACUUAAGACCCACGGCUAUAUGCCAUCACAUUCACAGUAGAGCCAUUCUUAUGUACCUCAGUGAAUUAGGUUUCCAUGGUGAGGUAACUACACGCAGGGCCACGAUCACCAUGUGCAAUGUGCUCUCUGGAGUAAAGAAUCACAUUUCACUACCUAUAGUUUUCCAGGUUAUUUUGGUGAGUGCCAGGUGUACACUAUCUGCCUGACUGCAUGGUGCCAACUGUUACUUUAUACAUUGCAUGGGGCAUAUGCCAAAGUUUCUUUGAGAGAUUCUUCUAGUUUUCUUACCUACUAGAUGUUUGGGUUAGUAGUUCGUUUUGUGUGUUUUGCUAAAUAGGUGGCUGCCCAAAAAGUCGUAUGUAUGUAAGGGUAGCUGAUUAAUUAGGAAGGGGUGGCUGGGAUAACGUAUUUGUAUGAGUACAAGUAAUUAAGCGCAUGCAGCAUCUGAUUUUAUUUUUUUAUAUAUAUAUUUUUUAGCUCCUGCAUUUAAGGAAAACAUGUUAAGCUCUUUGUUUAAUAUAUCGGUGCCAAAAUCAGACUCUUAAUAGAAAUAUAAAAUUGUCCUAGAGUCAGUGCUUAUGGGCUCUGACCUUCCCAUGUUCUAUAUGUGGUUGGCGAGGUCCCAGCGAGCUCUGCUCCAAACCGAGUGCCCAGGAAUACUUAAUUCCCUUACUAUCUAGGAUACGGUCAGGUAUAAGUUCGGCCUCUGUGCUAAACCCUCCCCGUUGGUGCCACUUCAACGGAACAGGGACUUUCCUCCGGGAAUGGCUCCUCAGGGAUUUGGAAACUUAGAAGACGUGGGACUACAGAAGCUUUUUAACCUCUGGGAACAUGAACUGGUGACUUUCUCCACCCUGAAACAGAGAGCCCAAUUUACCAACCAUGACUAUUUUAGAUACUUGCAAUCAGGGAUUACGCCCAAAAAGAGGAGGUACUAGGGACUAAAGAACUAAACCCACUUUCUUUGAGAUGCUUUGUCAUCAGGGAAAGCCUCGUAAGGGCCUUAUUACUGAAAUAUACGCAGCAAUAUGUUCACACGCUGAUGUGUGGGGCCCCCUGCGAUAUGUUGGUCAGUGAGAGAGAGAGAGACUUGGGGGGGCCUUGAUGGUGAUGAAUGGAAGGAUAUGUGGGAAGCUGCAGCGAAGGUCUCCAUGUGUGUCACCUCACAAGAACAAAUGUAUAUGCUUCAGGUGGCAUACCACCCCCGUACACCUGCUUAAAAUGGGUGUACACCCCUCUAACUUUUGGAGGAUGUACAGGCUGAGGGGGACAUACUCACAUAUUUGGUGGGUUUGCCCUGCUUUGACACGCUACUGGGGGGAAGUUCAGCCCCGUCUUAAGGAUAUCUUCAGUAGGCCGUUCGAGCUGGACCCAUGUUUGUUUUUGCUUUCCAAGCCCCUAGAGGGACUGACCCAACGUGAACAAAAAUUAUGCAACUAAAUCACUUUAGUAGCAAAAAGAACCCUGGCAGCCCACAGGCUACAACCCCCACACAUAGAAAAUCACCAAAAAACAGACAGAGAAACUUUGGAUUCAGCUGAUAUAUUCUACCACUUAAAUCCUCAGUUUCUCACGAGUGUAGUGCUAGGUACAAAUAUACAAAGUGAGUUUAUCAGUGAAAAAAGUGCUACAAAGGCCCUCUAUGAAUAUAUCAGCUGAAUCCGAAGUUUCUCUGUCUGUUUUUUGAUGAUUUAAAUUACAAAUAUACAGAUAAAUGUUCUCUCGGGUAUGCUACAUCUGCAGCGACUACAUAUCUCAGGAAGUCAUGAUGCUUCUAUUGAUUUGUAUUGGAACCCUGCUCAUAUCCCAUAAACCUUUACAAGGAGCUGUUAGUGCUAUAGACAGCAAAUCGUGCAUGGAGGAGUGUUGGAAUCAUUAUGCCUUGGCAUUGCCAGAUCCUUCCAGCGCAUUUACACUUUAUGAUAACCUAUACAGUCGUUCUCUUUUAAAGCCACAAGAUCUUGUUGGCUACCAUCGAUGAACUUUGGUACAGCAGAACAGUUGUGGUUUUGAUGGCAAUGUUUUUUUCCCUCUCAAUAAAAGCCAACAGAAGUCCCACUUUUUGUUUUAUGGCUUGGUCCUGCGUCAUUGCCUGACCAUGUAUACAGUGCAGAGCUUGACAAACCUCAGGAUUUGGCCUGUCUCAGUGACAGUUGCCUACUGAUGCCCUGGGUCACGAUGAGGAUGUAUUGUCCUUAUUUUGCUGAUAGUAGAUGUGGGCAGUACAUGUCUGCAGACUACCCCCUAAGCCCCUUGUCUUUCUCACCACUAUCGGCUUAAAUGUGUUUAUCUCUUACACUAGGGCUGUAAUUUAAUUUAAUAUUCCACAGAUCAGCGAGCACACGCAUGCUGCCCUAUGUUAUAGAACCUUAACUCCUGUAAUGCCCAUGUGACCACAAACACGCUCUUUUUCUUUGCGGCUGCUAUUCGAGUAUCUGGGUUUAUUAAUCCUAAUGCAGAUUGGUCCAAGAUGGAGCCCUGUUUCAAGUGACUAUUGUGCUUCAUGUUACUCUGGUUAUGUUUCUGGGUUCUAGAGAUGAAUGUGUGUAAUAUGAAUAUAAUAUUUGCGUAGUGUGUUUUUUGGGUGCCUCCUGGUUGGUAAUGUUUGUGUCCUAACAGACACAUGUCUAAUGUGGUAUUGUCAGGGCACUCACUGCUGACGCAACGUGUUAAAAGAUCAGAAUUUUCACAAUGUCUUGGAAUGUCAUUGAUCCUUAUCGGAUUAAUAAAUCGUCAACAUUCUGAUUUUAUAAAAAAAAACGCUCCUUUAUCACCCAGUAAGAUUCAGUUUACGUUUGUUGGCGCAAUUAAAUAAGACCCAUGCUUAGAUAUUUGGUGCAUAAUUAUUUCAAUAUGAAAGUGCACCAUUAAUAAUCUAAUCUAUAAUGGUGAGUUCUGCCUCUGUGCCCUGGGAUUUGGUCAUUUCACUCGACAUCUGACCAUUAAAACUCCAUGUCAAGGCUGAGAGAGCUGCAGGGUUUAACACUGUCAGUCUAGCUGUCUCAUUGUAUUUAACGCUCUUGUUUCCAUUUCAUUCAUUAACCAUUUCAAUGCCUUUUACUAAGCCUUGGUGUAAUGGCUACAAAUUAUUGUUGGGAGCAAAUGUUAGUGUCUGUGUACAGCCCACUUAGUGACUGAUACUGACACUGUGAUGCUGUGCUUGUUAUGAUGGUUUGGUACUGUCAUGCUAUAUAUACUGUUAUGCAAUAACAACUCGAUGCUUUGAUUGUUGUGAGGAGGCUAUGGUGUGUUUUGUCUUUUUGUAAUGAUGCAGAUUUUUGUGCUUUAGCCGUGAUAAGAAAUAUUAUUGGAGCGUCGGUCUAGUUGAUUACUGUAAUGAUCACUACCUGUAACAGCAUGUACAUUGUGUAAUAUCUUUGGUGCCACAAUGUGUUUGUUUUGUGUGUCCCCUGUGUGUAGGCGUUUAGAGCAUUUUCCCUGCUUUUCCCGCCCCUGUGCUGCAGCUAUUGGCUGAGACACCCCAUGUAGUGUCUGUAUAUAGCUGGUACCUCGAUUCCAUGGUUGGCUCAGGAUUCUGUCACUCUGUGUUGGGCAUGCCUUCACUGCAGUAACUAUCAGUUUGUCACAGAUGUUUUCUUGGUGCUUGGACCUGCUUUCAUUUUACGACACUCGUAUGUGAAGAGACCGCAGCGAGCCCGUAUAGACAGUCUUGCAAUGUGUGAGUUUUACCGAGAGGGAGCUUGUUGUGAUGGAGUGGGGGAGGGGCUGGUCCUGAUGCAGGCAGGCUGCAUCCACACGAGUAUUGUUUAAACACUGGCCUAUCAAACGCAAGAAUGAUUCACAAUCCCAUGUCAGCUCCCUGACCUUGGUUUUCAGCAGCAUCCAUAAUCCUACUUCUUCCCUGGAACCGUUGCUCAAGAGACAAGGCUGUCACAAGGGGAGACAAGGCUGUCACAAGGGCACACAGUGGGACAAGCAUUGUUAGGUGAGGGAUUUUUACAUUUAUUUUCAUUAAGAGGGGGAGAUAACUCUGUGACAUUGUCAACCUGCCUCCUAAACCGUUGACUUGCUAUGUGUUGUCCUUCAGAAAGCCUCAGGCUAUACUCCUUUUCAGGAGCAGCUAAGUGAGUGUUUUGAUGUGGGAGAAGUGAGGAGACGCAGUGGGCUAUGUUUGGACCUGUCCAGGCUAAUUAACUUUAUUUUCUCUCUCCUGUCAGUGAUGAACCAUGCCCAUCGUGGAGAAGCUGAAAGAUGCCCUGAAACCGGGCCGAAAGGACUCGGAGGACGUUGAGCUAGGCAAGCUGCUCUCUUCGUCCGCUAAGAAGAUCCUUCUGCAGAAGAUUGAGUUUGAGCCGGCCAGCAAAAGCUUCUACUAUCAGCUAGAAAGCUUAAAGAGCAAAUAUGUGUUGCUGAGCCCCACAUUCCAAACUGGCACCCCCCAAAGAAGCCUUGACGGUCCCCAGAUCCAGAGGCAAAGUACGUGCAGUAUUGUAUAUACCAUGUAUAGAAUUAUGUGUAUCCUUUACCUUAACUGUUUUUUGGUUUUUUUUUUUUUAAUGGUUUGACACUGAAGAGAAUUCUCUGGCACCCAAAGCCCAUCAUCCCCUCUAUUUAGGUCAAAUAUUGGUAUGGAUAACAGAGACUGGGGCUGAGUCUGUUCAGUGGUUCCUGAACGGUUAAUGUAAUUUGUCACAACCAAAUAUUGGGUGGGGGGGUAUAUGAUGAAGAAGGCGAAAUAUAUCUUCAAAAUCCCACACACAGGUGGCAAGCUGGGGGAAUCCUCAAUGUUUUUCCAAACUGCUUAGAAGAAGAGGGACUGCACCGGUUCUGUAACAUUAACCUGUAUAACAAGCUGCUGCGAUACAAAGAGCUGUAAUGUUAGGAUGCUUGGGGUGUCCCUUUUUAAGCAAGGACGACGAAACCUGCAUUUUGCAGAGUUUCUUUGAGCACAUGCAUUGUUAAACAUUUUUAAUCAUUGCUUUGCUUGGCCAGAACCUUAUACAGUAGUAUUGUCUCUUUAUCAUUUCAUGUUCUGCUUAAAGGGAUACUAUAGUCACCAAUACAACGUUUACUUAAUGAAGCCGUUUUUGUGUAUAGAUCAUGCCCCUGCAGUCUCACGGCUCAAUUCUCUACCAUUUAGGAGUUAAAUCACUGUUGGUUCUGUUUAUGCAGCUUAGUCACACCUCCCCUUGCUGUCACUGGCAUUUUCAAUCAGAUGUAAUUUACUUUAAAAGUUAUCUCCUGCUCUGUAAAUUGAACUUAAAUUACAUACAGGAGGCUACUGCACGGUCUAGCAAGCUAUUAACAGAGCAGGAGAUGAGAAAAUCUAAAUUAAGCAGGAUUUGCAAUAAAGGGGAGUGUAAACAUUAGAUGACUCUUUACAGGAAGUGUUUAUGGGGGCUGUGCAAGUCACAUGCAAUGAUGUGUGGCCAGGGUUGCAUAAACAAAGUGAUUUAACUCCUAAGUAGCAGAGAAUUGAGCAGUGGGACUGCAGGGGCAUGAUCUAUACACUAAAACUGGUUCGUUUGAUGACUGUAGUGUCCCUUUAAUGAUCCUUUAAACCUGUCUGUAUAUAUAAGCGUUUUCUCUGUUUUACCAUGCAACUAUCUGCACUGAGCUGGACGUAACCGCUUUCGGUAUAGUUGCUAUCUAUAUAGAAACUGUCCAUUGUAAAAAAGAGGACCGUCCCCUCGAUCACAUAGUGUUUUUGGCUAUAAGAAAUUAGUGACUUCCUCAAGAUCAUGAUCAUUUUGUUUUCUUUUUUUUUUUUUUUUUUGCAGUGCAAUAUAGAAUGACCUACAGGCCUGAGGUGCCCCAAAGGCAGUCCUCUGGCUGAGUUUUACUGUAGAUUUGACAUGCACAAUUUUUUAAUAUAGAGAACAUAAGAAAAACAGCGGUUACAUCCCUCUAUGCCACAUUUAGGAAGAGACAUUCCACAAGAGAGUUAAGCAUAGAGUGGAGCAACAGAUAAACGUUUGACUAGCCAGGCUUUAGGUAUAUGUUUUACAACAGGCUAUGAAACUGGCAGCAUAUUGAUAAAGUAGGUUUGACAAAUUAGUGAUUCAAAGCUAGGUUACGGUAUCGCUGGGUGCAGAUAUAGUGAAGCUAUGUGUGGUAUGGCUCGAAAAGGAAAGUACAAGACACAGAUGCAGAGUAUAACUAUUAGGCAUGUGCUUCAGUAGAAGGUAUGAGUUCACUCUGGUUUGGAGGGCUCAGUGUGUGGCCGUCUGCUCGCUUAGAAUCACAGUUCCAGCGGUGGCCUCAAGCCCUGCCAUGCCGCGAAGUCGUCAGCCAAUUCCCUCUGUGGGGUAGUCGCGUGUGCCUUCCAGCAGGUCACGGUAAGCCGUUGUCGCGGUCUCCCUGCACUUUUGGCACCGUUCACUCGUGUGGGCCUCUGCAUACCUUGGCGGCUGGGCUGCUUGCUGUUUAGUUCGUUGUUUGGCCCCGUGCUGGCUGCAGUGAGCAUCUAGGCGCCGCAAGCUGUGUUGGGGAUGCUUGGUGCAUAGGGUCUGCGUUCGCUUGUGCCGGCCGCCAUCCUCCGCCAUCUUGGGUGUACCUUGCUGCCUCAUGGUGAUUGGAAGCAAUGGUGGCCGGCUGCCUGUGGCACCCAGCGAGGACCGGGAUAACCCCCACCGGUCCGGGGGGGGGGGGAUUAGAGGUGAGUACGGUGAGGUUGCCAUCUGCAAAGUUACUAUCCAGGAGAGCGGCCGCCUCUCCCCGGCUCGAUUGCAGUUAGGCCUCACGCUGGAAUCGUGGGGACCCGGUGAGUUGUGGGUUCAAGUUUGGUAUCAAAACGUUUUCCCGGGUCUCCCCCACUCUGUAGUCACCUUCCCAGCGGUGUGCGUGCGAUUAUUUGGGGUAUAUCCCCCGUUUUAGUGGCUGGCUUGCAGGCGCUAUCGUGCAGCACGUCCACUCUGCUAGGAAGCUAGGCUCCGCCCCCUUAUCUUCUUUUUUUUUUUUUAAAUCACAGUAAAGGCCAACUUAGUUUAAAGUCAUGGGGAAAAUGACCGUAUUCGUAAUUUGCCAUAUGCAGUAGUUAAGGUAUUAAAAUGACAUGUCAUCCUUGAAGGGCGUAUACGUAUGCAUUUCAUCUAUACAUUGCGCUGGUAUUGCCUGACAGUUCUCUAACACAAUGUAUAGAUUGAUUUGUGGGAUUCUUUUAAAGGGACCCUCCUGGCACCAUAACUUCAUCGCAGUUAAUUUCUUAUGGUUCGAGGGGGUUCUGGCACACCAUCUUACCUUAAGGAGUUAAACUGUGCCCUUUUCACAUUUCAUUUUCUGAAUGCGGAGCUAUUGGUAGGUGAGAGCGUCCGCAAACCUACUAUGACAAUCAGCACCUGAUCUGAGCCUUCCUGAUUGAAGCCUGAGACCAAGAAAGGAAGUUGUUGGGUAGAGCGAUUGGUCGUCGUCGUCCAAAGCUUUGGGUUUAACCAUUAGUUAACAGUUUAACUCCUUAAGAUAAGCCUGUGCAUGGGACCAACUUGCAACACAACAACCUCAUAGAGAUUAAUUUUGGGGGGCAAAUUAAUAUAUAAGUGCAAUCUACAUAUGACAUGAGAUCCUUUAUGAGAGAACUGGAUAACUUUUACCUUGUGUUGCUUAUCUACAGAGUAAAACUUAGACAUUCUCACCUACAGUACAGUACAGUCACCGUCCACACGUCUGGUUGGCCGCAUUAUUAUUAUUAUUUUUUUUUUUUGCCAAACUGACUUCAUUGUGGUAGAUGGUUACAUCCGUAAUAUUGUAUAUAGGAUCAUCUGUACAUGUAUUAUUAUGUCUCACUCAGUAUGCAGAGAUUAAAUGUCAUUAUAUGUAAUGUGUUAUCAUGUGUGACUGCAUGAUCCAUACGGUUUAAGCAGAACUCAUUAUGGAUAUCGUGUUUAUGACAAUGCUGCUGCCAUCUUGUUCCUGGUAAUUGUACCAUUUAAACUCUCAGUUUCAGGCUUUGACUUGUCUCCGGGCACAGAUGGCAUCCCACUGCCACAGAAAGUUCUCUUCCCAACAGAAAAGCUCUCCAUGAAGUGGGAGCGAGUGUCCAGAGUGGGAGCCGGCCUCCAAAAUUUGGGAAACACAUGCUUCUUGAACUCAACUAUCCAAUGUCUGACCUACACUCCACCGCUGGCCAACUACUUGCUUUCCAAGGAACACAGCCGCAACUGUGAGUGUUUGAGUUACUAUGAACAUUUUAAAGAUGUCUUUACCAAGAGCUUUCCUUAUUACUGCGCUGUCUGCAUUGCGGGAGGGAGCUGGAUAGACUACAAUGAGCAGUAAUGAUGUAGUAAUAACACUAAGCUGUAAUAAUGCACUGACUCAGCUGUAGUAGUUAUGGUGUUUGGAGGGUUCCUUUAACCACCUUCACUACUUGGCUCUUUGUAACUGAAAAAUAUUCCUACCAGAUUUAUUAGACGCAAACGUCACAAAAGACAAACGUUAACAUUUAAAUCAUGUUAAUUUUAGCAAUUUGUAUUUUCAUUUAUUUAACAAUAUGAAAUGUUAGUAUAAGGUUUAAAAAAAAUUCAAUUCUUUUCCAAUACUGUAGACGUGAUACAAACAAAAACAAAAAAAUUUUUGUCAAAUAUGAUAGAGUAUGUUUAUUGUGGAUGCAGUGUAUAUUUGUGUGUGUGUGUGUCUAUAGUGGAUACAGUGUGUAUUUGUGUGUGUGUGUGUGUAUAGUGGAUGCAGUGUGUGAGUGUGUGUGUGUGUGUGUGUAUAGUGGAUGCAGUGUGUGUGUGUGUGUGUGUAUAGUGGAUGAGUGUGUGUGUGUGUGUGUGUGUAUAGUGGAUGCAGUGUGUGUGUGUGUGUGUGUGUAUGUGUGUAUGUGUGUGUAUAGUGGAUGCAGUGUGUGUGUGUGUAUAGUGGAUGCAGUGUGUGUGUGUGUGUAUAGUGGAUGGCAGUGUGUGUGUGUAUAGUGGAUGCAGUGUGUGUGUGUGUAUAGUGGAUGCAGUGUGUGUGUGUGUGUGUAUAGUGGAUGCAGUGUGUGUGUGUGUGUAUAGUGGAUUGUGUGUGUGUGUGUAUGGUGGAUGCUGUGUGUGUGUGUGUGUAUAGUGGAUGCGGUGUGUGUGUGUGUAUAGUGGUGUGUGUGUGUGUGUGUAUAGUGGAUGCAGUGUGUGUGUGUGUGUGUGUGUGUGUAUAGUGGAUGCAGUGUGUGUGUGUGUGUGUGUGUGUAUAGUGGAUGCAGUGUGUGUGUGUGUGUGUGUGUGUGCAGUAGUGGAUGCAGUGUGUGUGUGUGUGUGUGUGUGUGUAUAGUGGAUGCAGUGUGUGUGUGUGUGUGUAUAGUGGAUGCAUAGUGGAUGCGGUGUGUGUGUGUGUGUGUGUGUGUAUGUGGAUGUGUGUGUGUGUGUGUAUAGUGGAUGCGGUGUGUGUGUGUGUGUGUGUGUAUAGUGGAUGCAGUGUGUGUGUGUGUAUAGUGGAUGCAGUGUGUGUGUGUAUAGUGGAUGCGGUGUGUGUGUGUGUAUAGUGGAUGCAGUGUGUGUGUGUGUGUGUAGUGGAUGCAGUGUGUGUGUGUGUAUAGUGGAUGCAGUGUGUGUGUGUGUGUAUAGUGGAUGCAGUGUGUGUGUGUGUAUAGUGGAUUAUGCAGUGUGUGUAUAGUGGAUGCAGUGUGUGUGUAUAGUGGAUGCGGUGUGUGUGUAUAGUGGAUGCAGUGUGUGUGUGUAUAGUGGAUGCAGUGUGUGUGUGUGUGUAUAGUGGAUGCAGUGUGUGUGUAUAGUGGAUGCAGUGUGUGUGUGUAUAGUGGAUGCAGUGUGUGUGUGUGUGUGUAUAGUGGAUGCAGUGUGUGUGUGUAUAGUGGAUGCAGUGUGUGUGUGUGUAUAGUGGAUGCAGUGUGUGUGUGUGUAUAGUGGAUGCAGUGUGUGUGUGUGUAUAGUGGAUGCAGUGUGUGUGUGUGUGUGUGUAUAUAAUGGAUGCAGUGUGUGUGUGUGUGUGUGUAGUGGAUGCUGUGUGUGUGUGUGUGUGUGUGUGUGUAGUGGAUGCUGUGUGUGUGUGUGUAGUGGAUGCUGUGUGUGUGUGUGUGUAGUGGAUGCUGUGUGUGUGUGUGUAGUGGAUGCUGUGUGUGUGUGUGUGCGUGUAGUGGAUGCUGUGUGUGUGUUGUUGGAUAAAUGCUGUGGGGUUGUGAGCAGCGGCACAGUGCAGCUUGUAUAGUGAAAUAAGUCCCAGAAGUCUCAUCUUCCACCUCCAGCAGCAGGUUCUCUCCUUCUCCAGCGAGCUCUGCAUGCAUUGCCAUGGUAACGCACAGCAACAGUCUUACAGCCGCGGCUCGCGAGAGGACACUACAAACAGACUAUAAACGUGUUUAUAUUUAUAUUUGUGUGAAAUCUAUUGGAAACCUAACUCUCGUUCUCCUCUUUAAUUCUUCUCUCCUUCAGGUCAGCAGGGCGGAUUUUGCAUGCUCUGCAUCAUGCAGAAUCACCUCAUCCAGGCAUUUGCAAACAGCGGGAACGCCAUCAAACCAGUCUCGUUCAUCCGAGAGUUGAAAAGUAAGGAUGUCUUUGGAACAGCACAGAUGCUUUAUAACAUCACAAAGAGAGGGAAAAGAUAGUGAAAUGCAGGGAAAAGAAAGAGAUACAGUUGUGGUAGAACUUCCAUUCCUGGCCACUAGGGGCAGUCCAAAAAGUUUUCUAAUUGGUUUGGUUUAUUCAAUAAACAUCGAUAUGUAGUAAAUAGGAACCUGAAUUUCGGCAAAAAUAGCCAAACUGUCUACCUUUCUGAGUCACAUGUUUUGGCCUAAAUGGUGCAAUACCGUUUUCAUUUCACUAACAUUCGGUACCUAGCGAAUAAUCUUGUGUGCCUUCUGAAGUUUAUCCUGUGCUAGUCACAGUGGGGAUUACGCCAUGCUGGGAUUUGGAAAUAACUGGAAACCUGCUAAACUACAACCCCCUCGGCUUUGUAUAUUUCUUGGGUAUAUAAACGAUACUUUUGGAUAAUCCGUGUGAUGGACAGGAACUCGUAUACACUAAUCUUAAAGGGCCACUCUAGGCACCCAGACCACUUCAGCUUAAUGAAGUGGUCUGGGUGCCAGGUCCAGCUAGGGUUAACCCAUUUUUUCAUAAACAUAGCAGUUUCAGAGAAACUGCUAUGUUUAUGAAUGAGUUAAGCCUUCCCCUAUUUCCUCUAGUGGCUGUCUCAUUGACGGCCACUAGAGGCGCUUGCGUGAUUCUCACUGUGAUUUUCACAGUGAGAGCACGCCAGCGUCCAUAGGAAAGCAUUAUGAAUGCUUUCCUAUGCGACCGGCUGAAUGCGUGCGCAUUUAGCCGACGGGGAGGAGAGGAGGAGGAUCGGGGGAGGAGAGCUCUCUGCCCAGCGCUGGAAAAAGGUAAGUUUUAACCCAUUUUCCCCUUCCAGAGCCGGGCGGGAGGGGGUCCCUGAGGGUGGGGCCACCCUCAGGGCACUAUGGUGCCAGGAAAACGAGUAUGUUUUCCUGGCACUAUAGUGGUCCUUUAACUAUAUUGUAAAUAACACUAAUCUUGUUACACAAAACUAGCCAUUUUAUUUAUUUAUUACAGUCAGAACAGUGAAGCAAUGACCUGCUUUAAAGGUCCAGGCGUUCAGUCAGAAGAAUAAUUUACCUUUCUCCCUGUGGGGAAAACACAAAUAUUAGUCUGGAACCGAUUGGGGGAGGGGACAGAUAGACCCAGGACAGGAGUUAAUAGCUCACUGGGUGCUCUGAGCAACCUGGUCCUAAAUCUCACUGUAGUGGUUAGGAUGCACAGUGUCUCCUGGCACUGUCUAGUGCCAAUGGACAACCUGCAGCUCGGCCACGUUGGCAAUAAUCUGCAUAAUCACCAUAAGUCGUCCAACCUGGAAGAUAUUAAUUGGCCAAAAGUGCUGGUUUCAAAAACUGCAGAAGAUAACACACUCAAAUAUAUGCAAAAAAAGUGUAUUUGUAAAUAUUAAUCCAAGAAUAAAAGUAUUCAUUUACUACAAAAGUACAUCAGGGGAAAAAAACAGGCUACAACAUAUGUAAAGCCCAUAUGGCAACUAAUCCUGUGCCUGUAUAUAUAAGUAUACCAUAGCCUAAAUAUAACACAGUAGAUCUAUGUAGAUAUAGCUAAUCCAAAAACACAUAAAUCACAAUGGUACCACCCUCUAAUUGAAGCAGUACUCACUGCCUUGAUAGUCAAAUAGCUGACUACAGUAUAUCUUGCAAUAUACAAAAAAUAUGCAUAUGUGGAUCCAAAUAAGGGAAAUUAAAAAACAAAAAAAACAAAAGAAAAGUCUGUGUACAGAAAAAAAUGAAAAGUAAUAAAAUCGUAAAAAUAAAAAGUGAAAAAUUUAAAAAUAUCACAGUCGUCAAUAUGUAUAGUAGAGGAGGUUAGAUUUCACCCCCUUGCAUGUUGAGAUCGUCCAGAUUUGAUAGGUGAGUAUAUGGAAGGAGACCACUGGACGUGGAGAAGAUGGGUGGGUGAUCCUUGCAUUCAAGUAUUACAUGUGAACUGGAAAUGUACUUCAGCUGUGGGCUAUGGACAUCAGGUAACCAGGUGAUGCUAAGGCAAAAGGAUAAACGUUGCGGACACUCUGUGUUCUGGGCUGUCGGUGGGCUGCGCGCUCGGUACUUCACUGUCCCUUCAAAGGCACUGUCUAGUGCCAAUGGACAACAUGCAGCUCGGCCACAUUGGCAAUAAUCUGCGUAAUCACCAUAAGUCGUCCAAUCUGGAAGAUAAUAAUUUGCCAAAAGUGCUGGUUUCACCCAAACUCAGACAGUUGUCCAUGCUAGAUAAAAUAGAAUUGAAGUGUUUUUUUUUUGUUUUGUUUUUUCAAGAUGGUAACAGUCCAUUGGGUCCAGAAAGAGCCCUGGUUUAUGUCAAACUAUUCAUAAAUGGUUUGAUGUGAAACUGUGGGAUUCCUCCAGGAGAGUCUAUGCCACAUUAGGUUGCUUUGAGUGUCCCUUUAAAGGAGCACUAUAGGGUCAGGAACACAAACAUAUAUUCCUGACCCUAUAGGGUUAAAACCACCAUCUAGAAACCCUGGUCCCCUCAUCCUUCCCUAAACAUAGCAAAAUCUUACUUGUAUUCUAUUCUGGAGCAGCUAGAUCUGGCUCUUUCCUUUAGACCUGCCCACUGCCUGCUGACAUCAUCAGAAGUAGUAGCCUGAUCCAAUCACAAUGCUUUCCCCAUAGGAUUGACUGAGACUGACAAGGAGGCAGAUCAGGGGCAGAGCCAGCAUGAUUCAAACACAGCCCUGGCCAAUCAGCAUCUCCUCAUAGAGAUGAAUUGAAUCAAUGAAUCUCUAUGAGGAAAGUUCAGUGUCUGCAUGCAGAGGGAGGCGAUACGGAAUGUUUGGAUGCAUUUUAGGCAGCCAUGACCCAGGAAGGAUCUUCUGAGGAGUGGCCAAUGAAGUUAUCACUAGGCUGUAAUGUAAACAUUGCAUUUUCUCUGAAAAGACAGUGAUUACAGCAAAAAGCCUGAAGGUAAUGAUUCUACUCACCAGAACAAAUUCAAUAAGCUGUAGUUGUUCUGGUGACUGUAGUGUCCCUUUAAGGCAGUUAUACAGUUUGACAACAUUUCAGCCCAAUGAACAAUGAAAUUAUCAAAUGAAUUAAUCUCAUGCUUGUUAUUCACUAUGUGUAUAUAUAAUAUAAUAUCAUUGCACUGUCAAAAUGCAGGUUUCAAUCUAUAAUUCUUACUCCAUAUUUUGUGUCCCUUGUUAGGAAACUUUACUUAAUGAAGAGCUUUUUUAACAUUUUUCUCUUUUGCAGAAAUUGCUCGUCAUUUCCGCUUUGGCAGCCAGGAGGAUGCGCAUGAAUUCUUGCGCUAUACAAUAGAUGCUAUGCAGAAGGCCUGCCUUAAUGGCUAUGCUAGGUAAGUCUUCAAACAAGUUCUGUAGCCACUGUCUGCGUAUUAAUCCACUGUCUUAACAUUGGCAAGUUAUCCUGUGUGUUUAGCACUCUGCACAUCCCUUAAAAUUUACUAUCCAGGGCCUUGCCACUGUGUGUGUUUUCUCAUUUCUUUGUUACAUAAAUGGUAUUGUACUUAGAAGAUAGAUAGCUAUAGAUAGUUAAAAGGGAUAAUCUGUGCUGGAUAUGAUCCUUUUUAUUAAUGCAUUAUAUAAAAUAAAAAACAUCCUCCUGUGAAAUCCCUACAUUUGCUGCAAAUCCUCAGUGUGUGUAACCUCUGCAGUGAGCUCUCUACAGAUUCUGGUGUAGCUCAUUUCCCUUUUCUGGUCCCACCGAGUCUUCUUUCUUAGCGCCUCCAUCGUAAAGUUUCUAAGAUGAUGGUGCACAGAAACAGGGUUUUUUUUUAUUUUUUUUUUUUAUUUUUUUUAUAUACUUUCCUGGGCAUAUGGAUGAAAUCACGCACAUGUCCAGGAAAUCCGGUGGCUUACACUGAGCUCAGCGUUGGUGCUUGUGAAUUGUUUGAGAGUCAACACUGAGCAUCAGUGAUGCAGUGUUUCUGGAAGUGGCAUGUCAAGUGAGCUUUAUUCUCCAUUUAGAGCGGCCCUGCAUGGACAGGCUUUGCUUUGCUAAUUGGCAGGAGUUUCUGGCAGCAGGUGCCCAGUGGUACCCAAGUUGUCAACCUGUUAAAACAUUUGGGCUGCAUUGGUUAUGGAGAUUGGAGCUGUCCUUUAAACAUUGUUAAAUAACAAAGCAGGGGGCACUGCAAAUCCAUUCAUGCAUCAUAACACUUAUGAAAUGAUGCUCAUUGUGAGGAAUCAUUUCUAAAAGUCAGAAUUAUAAUUCUGUAUACUUACUAUAUAAAUUUCCUGGUGAAUUUUAUUUCUUGUGUGCAGACCAUGGACAUCCACAAAACCUCACCUGACUAAAUACUUUUUUCUUCUUCCUCCAUGUAGGUUGGAUCGCCAGAGUCAGGCUACAACUUUAGUUCACCAAAUAUUCGGGGGUUACCUACGUUCUCGGGGUGAGUGCUUACAGUCGCUUUCACUGUGAUAUUGUGUUCGUUGACACUUGCUGUUGUACUUACAUAUUACUUACAUCUUUUUGCAACUUUUCUUCCAGUGAAAUGUUCUGUUUGUAAGAGUGUGUCAGACACGUACGACCCUUAUCUGGAUAUUGCACUGGAAAUACGGGUAUGUUUUCCAUUUUGUCCGCCUGAAGCUUGUUUGGUUAUAGGGGCUCUGUUACAACCACCACCAUUCCCCCCCUUCCGCCAAAUCAUAAAGUCUUGUUGAAAUUACACUGAAAUUCCAAAGCAGUUGAAAGAUAACCAUAAGACUACUUCGUCUUAUGUAUCUUUCCAAUACCUGACAAAAAACGGAGCUUGUGUUUUCAAGUCUUCCCUGCGGCCUCGUGAGUUCCUCAAUAGAUGUCAGUGUUGUACUCUUGAACAUGCUUGAGCGCACAUCCCUGACAUCUGCUCCUGGCAGAUAACGCUCCAGGAUUUGAACAGGAAGUUGUGGAGAACAAUGGCAGCAGUCGUGAGGGACAGGUUCAGGUAAGCAAAGCUCACCUUUCCUGCAGCUCGCAGCCACCUCACUGCAAGUGACAAAGAAGUCACCGUGCUAAAUAUGCAAACACCCCAGAAGGUGUCAGAGCUGCAAAAUGCCUCACUGAUCAAGACAGCAGAAACCAUGUAAAACAUGGAAUAAAAUAUAAAGCAAUGUCAAAUGAAGCAUUUUAUGCCAAAAAGAGAAAUCCAGUUAUCUGGUAACAUUACAAGAAUGGCUAGUGCAUCCAUAUCGCAAAGUAGAAAAAUAAAGAAAAUGUAUUAUUCAGUAAAGGAAAAAAAAAAGAGCUGUGCAGUGAUUGAGAGAGGAUGCCACAUUUUUAAUUCUUUGAUUUCUAAGCAGGCUAAUCACCAGUAUUGUGGAAAGGAAGUGGUGUGUUUUGAAAUGCCGUGUGGCUUUAUACUAGCUGGCCACAGUUUCUAGUUUUGUUGCUAGGGGGAUUAACAGUAUUGCUGAAACUUCCCUUUUAAUGAGAUAUAUAUAUAUAUAUAUAUACUCCGUGAACGUGUAUUUCAUACACUGCUACUACUUAAAGGGUCACUCCAACCUGCGUAGCGACUUUCUCUGUUUUACGUUAAUGUCUUAAACUGCUCUUGGGUUGUUUUUUUAUUAUUUUUUUUAUCUAAAAAAAAAAGUUAACUCACCUUGAAUUCUUCACACUUGGAAUAGUGGACAGGAUUCCAGGUUAGAGCCGGCAAAGACAUGAGUUGUUUACAUAAAGUGCUGAAAAUGUAACCGCCAAAUCUACUUCCCAACCUCCUCUAACCACCUGUGCUACCCCUCUUCUGUUUUUUAGUGGAGGUAUAUAAAUGUAUGUAUAUAUUGGAUAUUAUCAGUCAUAGGUUUGGACAUUCACAGUCACACAUUUUGCUAAAUGCAGGCACAAUAUAUGUUGCAACUAGUGGAUUUCCAGGUUCUGCGGCGAUGCCGGGAUGCAGUGCACGCCCUGCGGCGAUGCUGGGAUGCGCAAGUGACAUCACAUGGCAUGGGCCAGAGCAGUAGCGCACCAUUAAGAACUGCAGAUAAGAGCUUGCUAUCAGUUCUGAGGGAUGGCUAACUUACCGCUUGCCCACUAGUUCCGACGUAUUGUACCUGCAUGUGUGGCUGUGUGUGUCCAAACUUGUGACUGAUAGGAUGUAUGUAUGUGUAUAUAUAAAAUGUCUGUAUUUGUCGUUUGACUUUCUCUCUCUGUUUGUGUGUUAUCUGCAGCAUGCAGUGAACAUUGUCCGCGCUCUGGAGCUCUUUGUGAAGUCCGAUGUCCUCAGUGGAGAGAAUGCCUACAUGUGUGCCAAGUAAGAGUACAGUGCCAAGUACAGUGACUGGGCUCUGGGUUUUAGUGGGAAUUUGCAGACUGUGGAGUAAAUAAAUUAAUAUAUUGUUUUAAAUUCCUGGGAUCACAUUGUUUUAUGAUAUCCUUUAUCUGACAGACAGAAUUAUUAGGUAUAUAUUAUAUUCCAUUUACUAAUGAGGCACUGAGUACAUUUUCCAAAUUAAGAAUGGGUUGCCAAACUAUUGCCAUGUACAUCAUUUGUGCCAAAGAAGCACUGAUACAGACUUUCCAAACCACAAAAGAAGAACAUCUAAAGGAAAUAUAGCAGGGUGAGAAUUCAAAUGUCAUCCACCCAGUAACUGCGCUCAGCCGUAUUAACCUUGACUGUGUCUCCCCCAGCCCUGAGUGCGCCUCCCCCCAGCCCUGAGUGCGCCUCCCCCCCCUGCGCCUCCCCAGCCUGAGUCGCCUGAGUCUUCCCCAGCCCCCUGAGCAGCCCUGAGUCAGCCUCCCCCAGCCUCUGAGUCGCCUCCCCCCAGCCCUGAUCUCGCCUCCCCCAGCCCUGAGUCGCCUCCCCAGCCCUGAGUGCGCCUCCCCAGCCUGAGCUGGUCGCCUCCCCAGCCCCUGGUCAUGCUCCCCCCAGCCCUGUGAGUCGUCUCCCCAGCCCUGAGUCGUCUCUCCCCCAGCCCUGAGUCGUCUUCCCCCCAGCCCUGGUCUGCCUCCCAGCCCUGAGUCGCGUCUCCCCAGCCCUGGUGCCUCCCCCCCAGCCCUGAGUCGUCCUCCCCCCAGCCCACAGGUCGCCUCCCCCAGCCUGAGUCGCCUCCCCAGCCCUGAGUGUCGCCUCCCCCACAGCCUAGUGUCAUGCCUCCCCCACAGCCCCAGUCGCGCCUCCCCACAGCCCUGAGUCGCCUCCCCAAAGCCCCUGAGUCGCCUCCCCCCACAGCCCUGAGUCGCCUCCCCACAGCCUGAGUUCUCCCCACAGCCCUGAGUCCUCCCCCAGCCCUCGCCUCCCCCCCACAACCCCGUCUUCCCAGCCAGCCCUGAGUCGUCUUCCCCCAGCCAGCCUGAGCCAGCCUGAGUCGUCUUCCCCCAGCCAGCCCUGAGUCGUCUUCCCCCCAGCCCCCCAGCCAGCCCUGAGUCGUCUUCCCCCCAGCCAGCCCUGAUCGUGCUUCCCCAGCCCUGAGUUCUCCUCAUUUAUAAAGAGUGAUUUAGUGGAAACCAUUUAAAUUUUCCUUAUAUUAGGUCUGAUUUAAACCAAACACUCACACCUUAAUGUCCCCCCCAAAGUAUACGACACUUAAACAAACUGUUCAAAAUACAUAAAACCAACAUAUAAGUAAGGUGUCCCCCAGCCCUGAGUUCUCCUCAUUUAUAAAGAGUGAUUUAGUGGAAACCAUUUAAAUUUUCCUUAUAUUAGGUCUGAUUUAAACCAAACACUCACACCUUAAUGUCCCCCCCAAAGUAUACGACACUUAAACAAACUGUUCAAAAUACAUAAAACCAACAUAUAAGUAAGGUGUGUAGAGUGUUAUUAAUGUAAUCAAUACAUAUUAAAUUACCUCUCUGUUAAGUGCAUACAUACUAAACACUCUUGUGCAAUAGUCUCCAAAGACUUGCUAUUUUGAGUGGGGCAUAUCCACACCAUGAUGUUUAACCAAUGACAGAGUAUGCCAACGCAUUUCGCCCCUCCACUUUGUCAAAGCAUUAAUUAUAUUCUAAACGGCUUACUCCUUAAAAGAUAUUUGUGGAGGGGGCCGAGCUAAGCGACUGAACGAGCAAGACGCAGUUUACAAGUGCUCCGUACUUUGGCCAGCUUAAAAUGACAAACACGUUGAACCCCGAGCCUGGAAACGGCAAUAAACACAAAACAAAAAAAACAAGGGCAGAUGAGCCUGGACAGAGCACGCAUAUCGGAGACCUGUUCCGACGGGCUCAGGGCGUGUAUGGGCCCAAAAUGGCCGCCGACCACGAGGAUUAUUCUGAUUCCUCAGAGGACCUAGCCCUAGACGGCAGGAGCCUGGGAAUGCCGACAUCACUGCAACAGGCCUUGAUCCCUGAGAGGGGAGACUCUGCCCCGGUGACGGCAGGGAUUCUGAAGGAGAUGCUGGGAGCUUUCCAAAAAAACCUCCAAUUGGACGUGGCCCAACUCCGCUCCGACCUGACGGGCUUGGUAGGUCGCCUAGAGAGGGUAGAGACUGCCACGAAGCAACAAGCCGUCUCGAUGACGGAACUUCAGUUGGAAGUGCAAGUGCUGAAGAAACAGCAGGCACUCACCGACCAGCGCUUUGCCAACCUGGAAGAUGAACAGCGCCGGAAAAACUUAAAGCUCCGGGGCCUACCGGAGGAGACCCCCGUGGCAGAGCUCCCCUACCUACUGAGAAGGAUGAUGGCGGCCUUGCUGACACCCAUACAAAUCAAGCACCUCGCCUUCGAAGGGAUCUUCCGCAUACCGAAAGCCCGGUGAGCACUGACAGCAGCAUCUCGGGACUUAGUGGUGAGAUUCCACAACAUGGCCGACAAGCUAGCGGUCUAGACCGCACUGAAGGCUAAAGCCCCAUUCACGUUUGAAAAUAUGACACUUUCUUUUUACCAAGACCUCACUGGGGAAACCCUGGCAUGGCGUAAAACUUCACAACCCUACUCUGGGCCAACAACCUGCACUACCGCUGGCGCUCGCCAAGGUCCCUACAGAUCCAGCAAGGAGAUACCACCCACACGGUGCACGACCUGCAAGAAGCAAAUACCCUCAUGGGAAUACUGCACUACACCCUGGAAACCCCAGGAUUGCAGACACAUCCAGAUGGGACCCAGCGAGCGUCCAGCCUUCACGCCAUGGAGGACAGUUUGUGUGUACUCCGCAGUCAGUUUGUACUCAGCAUUCUGUCUGUGUGUGAGUGUGUGUGUGUGUGUGUAUGUGUAUUUAGCAGUCUGUCUGUAUGUGUAUUGAGCAGUCUGUGUGUAAAUUUGUGAGUGCGUGUAUGCAGCGGACUGUGAGUGUGUCGGUGUGUAUGUAUUCAGCAGUCUGUGUGUAUGUAUUUUAUGUAUGUAUUGCAUUUGUUGGAGAUACUAAUAAAUAUAAGCCUAAUUUUAUCUAUAAUUUAAAUUUUUAUUCCUGUGACUUGUGUGUAGGCAGGGCCUCAGUGCAGUGCUUUGCCCGGGGCCCAUAAUUUUGUUAAGGUGGCACUGGUGGGUGUGUGGGAUGGAGGGCUGCGAGGGAACACUGACUUACGUGCUGUUACAACACUGCUCCCUCCAUUGAUGCCGCCGGGAGACAUGAAAUGACGUCAAUCAGACGCGGCCACCUGAUUGACGUAAUUUCCUGUUUUGCCGGCAGCAUCAGCAGAGGGAGCAGUGCUGGAACAGCACAUAAGUCAGUGCUCCCUCACGCCCACACCCCCUUACAGCAGCGGGAAGGAGGUAAGGAGCCUGGGAGGACUUCAAAACAUUAUUUAUGUGCUGGUAGGGAGAGGGGCAUAUACUGGGGGAGGGGGGAUAUGCUGGGGUAGUGAGGGGAAGAUGCCUAGGGGAGAGAAGAGGAAAAUCUGGGGGACAGAAGAGGAGAUGCUGGGAUGCUGGGGAGAGAAGAGGAGAAGCUGGGGGAGAGAAAGAGGAGAAGCUGGGGGAGAGAAGAGGAGAGAGCUGGGAGAGAGCUGGGGGAGAGAGAAAGAGGAGAAGCUGGGGAGGAGCUGGGGGGGGGAGAGAAAGAGGAGAAGCUGGGGGAGAGAGGAGAUGAGGGGAGAGCUGGGGGGAGAAGAAAAGCUGCUGGGGGCAGAGAGAGAGAAGCUGGGGGCUGGGGGCAGAGAAGAGGAGAUGCUGCGGGGAGAGAAGAGGAGAAGCUGGGGGCAGAGAAGAGGAGAUGCUGCGGGGAGAGGAGAGGAGGAGGAGGAGAAGCUGGCAGAUGCUGGGGGAGAAGGGGAGAGGAAGAGGAAAAUCUGGGGGAAAGAAGGGGGAUAUGCUGGGGGGAGAUAGGGAGAGGAAGAGGAGAAUCUGGGCGAGAGGAAGAGGAGAAUCUGGGCGAGAGGAAGAGGAGAAUCGGGAGGAGAAAAGGAGGAGAUUCUGGGGGGAGAAGGGGAGAGGAGGAGAAUCUAUGGAGAGGAGAGGAGAAGGUGGUGCUGGGGGGAGAAGGGGAGAGGAGGAGGAGGAGAUGCCGGGGGAGAGGAGGAUAUGCUGUGGGUAGAGAAGGGAAGAUGCUGGGGGGAAAGAAGAGGAGAAUUAGUUCAGACAACUGUAUGAGUUGUUUUUUCCAAACUUAAACCUCAGUAUUCAGGUUUAAUUGCAGUGUUGGCACUUUGAGGGGAAAAAAGAUGGCAUGUAUUGCGGUUUGGGCACUCGGGCUCAAAAAGGUUCGCCAUCACUGCUCUAGGACCUUACAGAUUGAUGUACCACACAUGCAUAGUUUAUAGUUACUGAUACCUGUAAAAAACUGCAACAAUGUCUUAAGGAGCAUAUAUUUUUUGAUUGCAUUCUCUGUUACUGAGCCAAAGCUCCCACUGUUUUAUGGGAUGUUGUACAUAAAUUAAAUGCCUCAAAAAAAGAAAGAAUUAAAAAAGGAUUUGUGUGCCACAUUGAUUGCGCUAGUGUUUAGUGCGUAUGCAGUUAGUAACCGACAAGCACUUUUAUGUAUGGUUGUAUGAAUAACACUCUACACUUUACCUUUAUGUUUGUUUUAUUUAACUCUCCCUGUUGAUCAUUCUUCCAUUAGAAUGUUGCCCCAGAGUUUGCAAGGGGGGCUUUCGAGAUUUUGCAAGCUGAUUUUAAAUAUACCCUAAUGAAAAAAAUGCAUAAUUAAAUUAAAAGGACCCUAUAGUCACCAGAACAACAACAGCUUAUUGUAUUUGUUCUGGUGAGUAGAAUCAUUCCCUUCAGACUUUUUGCUGUAAACACUGUCUUUUCAGAGAAAAUGCAGUGUUUACAUUACAGCCUAGUGAUAACUUCACUGGCCACUCCUGAGAUGGCUGCUAGAGGGGCUUCCUGGGUCAGUACAGGUGGUCCUCAUUUAGCGACCUACCUGUUUUACGACGGCUCGCGCUAAUGACCAGGUGUAAGUGCGAGCCGUCGUGGGGAUUUCCAGCUCUGGUGCGCAUGUCUAUGUUUUGGGAAGUUUCCCUGAACAUAGAUGAACGCACCAGAGCAGGGAAUCCCUUAGCUCCUUACUUACAGAUCAAUUCGUUGUACGACCGGGUCAUAGGAACGGAACCCGGUCGGUAAGUGAGGAGAGUCUGUACUGCCUAAUGUACAGCACUGCCAUUCUCCACCUUCUGCAUGCAGACACUGAACUUUCCUCAUAAAGAUGCAUUGAUUCACUCAAUCUAUUUGAGGAGAUGUUGAUUGGCCAGGGCUGUGUUUGACUUGUGCUGGCUCUGCCCCUGAUCUGCCUCCAUGGCAGUCUCAGCCAGUCCUAUGGGCAAGCAUUGGGAUUGGCUCAGAUCACCACUUCUGAUGAUGUCAUAGUUCAGAGGCAGCAACUCCAAACUUGAAUACAUGUAAGAUUUUUCUAUAUUCAGGGGGGCUAGAUGGGGAUUUUAACACUAUAGGGUCAGGAAUACAUGUUUGUGUUCCUGACAAUAUAGUGUUCCUUUAAAGCAUGUUUUCAUUGGGGUAUAUCUCUAAACCGCGAUAUUUAUUUAUUUUUUUGUGUUUAGAGUGUGAAAUGUCUCUUUAAUUAAAUCAAUUGCCCCCUAUUCUAUUGACUUUUUGGUAAGGUUUUUUGUGGUUUGUUUAUUUUUUUAGAUGCAAGAAGAAGGUUCCAGCUAGUAAGAGAUUCAGUGUUCAUCGAGCAUCCAAUGUCCUCACACUGUCUCUGAAACGGUUUGCAAACUUUAGUGGUGGCAAAAUCAGUAAGGUGAGAACCUUGUACAACCACACGUGGAGUACAAAGGAUAUGGAGGAUAUGUUAAUGUCUUUAUGAUAUUUAACUCACUUUUCAUUUCCUUUACAGGAUGUGGGCUACCCUGAAUUUUUGAACAUCCGCCCAUAUAUGUCCCAGAGUAAUGGGGAACCUGUCAUGUAUGCCCUCUAUGCAGUGCUCGUGCAUUCUGGGUACAGUUGCCAUGCUGGCCACUAUUACUGCUAUGUCAAGGUGAGUCCUUUCAGUACAUCUCCUCUCCAUGUCCUAUGAAAAUCUGUAACACUAUACCCAAAGUUACGUUGUAUUCAAAGAGAAUCAGGACGAUAUUUCCAAACGCCCUUUAUCUGUCUCAGCCGGUGUGCAUCCAGUUUAAAAGCAUACUUUUAUCCUUCCAGGCCAGCAACGGACAGUGGUAUCAGAUGAAUGAUUCUCUCGUUCAUGCCAGUAAUAUUAAGGUUGUGUUGAACCAACAAGCGUAUGUCCUCUUCUACCUGAGGUAUGUCCACUCUGCCAAAGUGUUUCAGUCUUUUUACAAGCCCUAAUAUUACACUUGCUACCAUAAAAUAAACAGCUAUUCAUUUUUCUUGGUCUUGUAGUAGAAUGGUUAGCAUUGCAUGUGAAUUUCAUUUCUCCCUUCAACAGGCUUCCAGAAUCUAGAAAAAGUUCAGAUGCAUCCAUGUGCAAGGUUCCUCACUCACAAAUUGCACGUCCCAGUUCUGUUCCUCCCAGCAUAAAGAAGACCAUGUCUAAUGGAAACCUUUACUCCCCACUCAUUGGAAAGGUGGGUGAUCUUGUAUAAGACAUUUGGCGGCACACUCCAUGCUUCUGGUUAGCUUAUGUUUCUCAGGUAUUGUUUCAGCAUUUUUAUGUUUAGUUUUACCUUCCAGAGGCCCGAAGGACAGCAUUUGAAGAAAUCACCAGGUUUGGAAGAAAUGGGAGUGCCAGUCUCCCGCACCCCACAACCAUCAGGGAAUAAAGAGCAGAAUGGAAUGCCCCGUCCAAGGCCUAUGAGUGCUGAACCUUUCCCCAAGUUGAGUUCCAAGUCACUUCACAACCCAUUCUUCUUGGAUGAACCAGUAAGCAGAGUAAAGAAGCCUCUUCACCCUCAAUUGAAAGCUACUCAGGGGGCAACGACUGAAAGAAACCGACAGGAUAUUCCAAAACAGAACUGGGAGGCCACUGGUCCCAGUCCAUCUACCUCGCCCAAAACUUUGACAAGAAACCCAAAACCUCACACAGUUGGUGGCAAAGAACCUCUACUUCAAGAGGAGGGGGAUGAUACAUCAAAAUCGGAGUCCCUCACAAAUGGCCAGGACUCUUCUCCCAGCCCUUCUCCAGUCAGGACUGCAACAUCCUCGAAUUCUCUGCAGAGUUCUGGGGUUUUGGAAGCCGAGCAGUCUGGCACUAGUUCUCUGAAAUCCAGAUCCCCCACACUGGCCAGCGUUUGUGAGGUUUUGUCCACCAUGUCACCCCCGCCUGCCAAGAAACUAGCUCUAUCUGCCAAAAAGGUGAGUGCCCAUGUCCUCAGUCUUUAUAAUUAUGGUAACAGAUAAACUUUAUAGUUCUUGUCUUGUUCUGCCUUCUCUCUCUGUUAGAAGACCUUUCGAUGUCUGUAUUGUCAUGAUAGCCUAGUUCACCGGCUGUUUUUUAUUUAAUACAUUUAGCCUCACAUCAGCCUUCUAAUAUGUUAGAGCCGGCUUCACAUGUAAUGCAGCUUUUGUGAAUUGAAUGGGAGAUUGUCAUUGGCAUCCCUCUAAGAACUCAGCAUUAAAGGUUAACACUUUUCCUGCAAACGAGUGUUUUGUGAGAAUUGAUUCCGUCAGGGUAUGUAAAACAAACAAACCACAAAAGCAGAACAAGCUAUAUAUUUUACUAGCAAAGCAAAUCUGAUCCUUAUUGGUGACUAAGGUUUGGUGGUGAACAGUCUGAGUCGCUAGGAAUCAAGAAAAAUACGGGAAUAAAGAGAACAGAUCAUAUUCUUUACAUUACCAUGUGCUACCCCUAGUCAUAUCCUCUUUAGCAGGAGUUCAUAUAAAAAAGAGCACACGGGGGUACCAGAAAGGGGCUGGGGGAUUUAGUAUUUUCCUGUUCGUUCAGAAUUAUGGACACUCUGUGGAAGUUAACAAGUCACUUUGUAUCUCCCGAUGUUUCAUUGUCUGGAAUAGUUUGGCAAAAUGGAAGUUGAGAUUUAGGAAUUUUCUGUUUGUGUAACCAGUAUUUUCCCCACGUCUUUUCCCUGCAACAAACCGCAUAAUGCUAGCACACAGACAAGGCAGCCCCUUUACUGAUCUCUGUUUAAAUUUUGAUUUAGAUUUUUUUUGGUUUCUAACAAAACGAACCUCUUUCUUCCAUUUCACCAUCACUAUUCCACUUUCACCAUUUCUUUUGGUCUGGUUUCAUCAUUCCUUGGUUGUUGUUUUUUGUUUUUUGUUUUUGCCACAAAACCCUUUUUUGUUUAUACCACCAAGAUUUUAUUUAUGUCAAUAACUGCAGGGCAGCAAUCCGCAGAGGGGAAGCAGAAAUGAUGCUUACCCUACUCCGUCUCCAUCCCACACUGCCAGUUCCGUUCGUCCCACCUUCGCUUCCCCUGGUCCCACCACACCUAGACUGCUCCAUAAGCAUGGGUAAGUCAAGCCAAAUUUUCAUGUGUGUGAAUUGAAAGCCAGUUUAACAUUUAUUAGUUAUUUAUUACAGCGUUGUAAUACUACAAAGUGUAAAGAGAUCCCUGCUGUGAGCUGAAAUCCAACCAUACAAAGUGCUUAGUUAGAGAGCCCAUGUAACAUCUGGAGUUAGUGUUAUGUGCAUAUAGUAUAUGAAACGGUUACAUUAUGCACAAUGGCAAAUGUUGUACAAAAAUUGCUCAUUACAAAUGUUGUCCAAAAAUUGUUACAAUGUUGCAUUAAAAAUGGACCAUUUGUAGUAAAUUGAUUUUAUAUAAAAUCAGGCCUCUCAAAUCAAGAAGAAAAUCCUUGACACUGUGCGUACCCAUUGGUAUGUUACCCAAGGAGGUCAAUGUAUCAAAUCUCAUAGAAAAACGUCGGGUGUGAGCUGCAAAUAGUGUGCCCAACAGAGACUGUAGGUUGUAUCCUCCCAAUCCACGUGUUAGCAACGAUGUGGGGCUCUAUGAAGUCGGUGGAAUCCAAUUAAUAUCCCAGUUUUAAGCUCUGCUUGAAAGUAAAAAGGCACUGCUCCAAUAUACUAAUAAAGCACAUGGUCUAUAGCCAGCCUACAGUUUGGAUGCAUUGUUAGAAUAUAUUGCACUAUAGCAAAAUAGCAUAAGGUUACAGUUACAAAAACCAAAUAAUCUGACUCCCAAAAGGGAGAUCCACCCUGUGCAUCCUGUAAAUCCAUAAUAUGCACAUGUUCUGAUUGCUGAAUAAAAAAAAUGUAAGGGAUCUGCACCUAAGUAUGUAUUUCUUUAUUUUGUGUUUUUGCGCGUUGGAAAAUUUUAGAUGACAACUUGACAUGAUUUUUAGAUUGUUUGGGGUAUAUUUUAACUCGGAGAUCUGAAAGCUGGAAAAUUCUUCACUGUUUUUUUGCAGUUUUCAUGAAAUUCUCCUUAUGUGUUUUCUGAAAGGAUUCCUGAGCAGCGUUCCUACGUCGCCAUAAAUAAAUAUUUGUCUAGUGGUGUCUGGGUUUUGGCAGAUUUCAAUAAAUCCCAGCUGCAAGGGAUGGCCUCCUAUGACCUUCACAUCAACUUAACGAGCAUUUCUGAUGAUCUAACUCCAGGCCAGCCAGCUUUACUUCAGGCUCCCCAUUUGUCUACAACUCUCAUCAAAUGCCCCCCUGUGGCUGAGAGUGAUAGCAGUAGCGUGACCUGCUGUGGCAGGCUGAAUUAGAAACACUGAAGGCAUUGAAUGCACACAGCAGAACAAAUGAGGUGAAAAUCUGAUGUAGGAUAUUAAGGCUUAACACAUUUCUUCUUACAGGUUUUCCUGCUUUAUGUUAAGUUUGUGUGGCUGGACACCAGAACCCUUUCUAAAAUAGUUUAGUGCGCAGUGAGAACGAUGUGAAGGUCUGAAAGGAUAUAACCUAAGGAACUCUAUAGUUCACUGCUUUACAGACUAUUUUGUAUUAGUUAACAUCUUCAAUAUUUUUUUUCUCUGACAGGGGACACUCCAAAUCUGCAGAGGGUUCUCCUGGAAUUUGUACCAUUGAUGCUCGUAAACAAAAGCCAGCCAAAAACAGCACGAAGCCGCUAAAACAAAUUCCAGGGGGAUCUGACCACAUCAACCCAGUAAAUCAAUCAUCUCACUAUCUUUCCAAUAAAACCUCACCCAUCCCAACCACUCAGGGGAAUACAGUGAAGAAUUCUAAGGCUGAAACCUCACCCAGUCCCUCACAGCCAGAAAAAAUAUCAAAAUCAAGUAUACAUGUCCUCAGCAGCAAUGGGGUCGCGGAGGGAUCCAUGCCCAAAAAGAAGAGAAAGCGGAGAAAAAGGAAAAUGGAUAACGCUGUUCAGAAUGUCUCUACAUUAGACAGAGAGGACCAAAAGGAACGUGAAAUCCGAUCCGGUCAGUCCACCAGCUCCCCAAAACCAGAAAUCAACAAUCUACAGAAGACAGAACGUAAAAGAAAGCGUAAAAGAGAUAAAGCUGAGCAGGAACUGGAUGACCAGGUCCAUGCACCCUCUGAAAGGUAACUGUCAGGACGAACCAGUGGCCCAAUUAACAUAAUAGAAUAAACCGUAACAAGCCGAGGUCAGGAAUACAGAAAGAACAAAGCCAAAUGGUCAGGGAUACCAGAAAUAUGGUAAGUCAAAUCAAGCCAAGAUAACCAACAGGAUGGAAACCACGACAGGUCACUGAACAACUGUAGGCUUGGGUUUAAAUAACACAGUAAAUCCUGUUGUUGACUGAUUUGGGUCCCAUGACCUCAGAACGUGCGCGCAAGGCAAAAAUAUAACGCCACACGCACGUGGGCCCUGCUCAGUUGGCGACGUUAUUAAAUAGCGCCAACUUGCUGCGGCCUUCCUAACACUGGACCCGGCCACUGAAUUACAAACUACAAGGAGGGAGAGUCUCUGGAGGUAAGAUGAGUAACCUCUCCCUCCUUUAGUGUGACCGCACCCAUCAGAUGCGGUCACAUCGUGGUGCUAAUCUGGCACUGCGAUAGUCUGACUGCACCGAUAUGGUGCGGUCACACUGAGGUGCUGAUCAGGCACCGUGACAGUAACAGAAAUAUUCCCAAAACUAACCUAAAGAACGGAUACCCCCUAUUAAUAUUUGUAUUAAUGGCUAAUGUAGGGACCUGUAACCUUUUGUGUACAUGUGACAUGUCUAAAAUCCAUCUCUUCUCUGAUUAAAGAACAGUCUUCCCGUUCAAUAAUACAUGUUAAAAUGUCUUAAAAAUGGGAAAUUCCAGAAUUGUCCUUUUUCCAGAGCCAUCAUUUCGCUCAUGUAUGCUAGAGGUUGUUGGCAGAAGAACUAGCAACAAAACAGACCCUUGUUCUAACACCAGAUCAUUGACUUAUUCCCUGGUUCUUGGUCUUAAUCCAAGGAUGCUGACCAUCAUGCUAGACUACAUGUAUGGCAAAACACUGUACACCAGACACACACGUAUACUUUAGUGCUAAUUUAUACAUUUUACCUUUAUAUAUUUAAGAACAUACAAAAUAGCAUUUUUUUUCCCCCCCUAAGAUUUAUUUAUUUCCAGAAAGCCUAACCACAAAUCCUGAAACUGCAUAAAAACUGGAAAAAGAUUCCUAUAAUAUAAAUGCUGACUUUUUUAAAUCCAAAGCGUGACCUGUUGUUUUUGUAGAAACCUUAGUAUUCUUUCCUUGUUGAAUCAAAUGAUGUAUAAACUUCUGUUUUCUAGCAAUUGUACCAUUUCUGACCAUGAAAGGGAAGUUGAUCAAGUAGUCAGGAAAAAAAAGAAGAAAAAGAAACGCCUGCAUGAAGAGGAGACCCCGCAAGACCUGGGAGGGGACGUCUCCAAAGAGCCAAAACCUGUAAAGGAAGAGAAGACCUCCGGUACGGUGUCACUAGGCAUGGAUGGGUUCACUAGGGUUCUAAACCAGCUUAUUUCAUCUUACGUGAUGUCUUCUUUUCCCUCUCAGCUCAAGUUUAUGUGUGGGACAGUCAGGUCCGGGAUGGCUACAAGCGUCCCACAGAGACGCCAAAACCAGAGAAAGCAGUACCACCUGCAUGGGACGGCACCAAAGAGUCACAUGUGGUCCAGGAGCUAAUUAAGGGCUCCAAAGACAAAGCAUAUGGGAAACAAGGUGAGAAGAACUAUGAAUAAUUUAACCGUGCCUGACAUUCCUGUUAAUAUUUUAAAUCUGUGCCAUGUUAGAAUGUGGUAUAACUUUUAAACAUCUAUGGUCAUUCAGAAAGCACAACUGCUACAAAGCAUAAUAACGGCCAGUCUUAAUCUUAUCACUAGUCUAGUCACUACUGAUCCAGAGCUAAAGAAUGUUUAAGCAGCACUUCCUUGAUGUAGUCAGGAUUUGUAUGUAGAAUCCCUGAGGUUUUGUUGCCUUGUUAGCAAUCUGUGGGGGACAAACUGUGAUGUGACCUCUUGCUUUUCUCCUCAGUGCUUACCUGGGACGGCGAAGCAUCAGCUGUGAGCAGAGAUGCAGCUUAUGAUGCAGAAGAUGCCAGAUAUGAUAGGGUGACAGAUGAAUGGGAUGAAGACUUUGACAGAGGAAAGGUAAUGUAAAACAAUACAAUGUGAGCAAGAUAUUACUUUGCUGCAGAGGGAUUUAGAUAGACUGGGGGACUGGGCACUGAAAUGGCAGAUGAAAUUUAAUGUUGAAAAAUGCAAAGUUAUGCACUUCGGCGUAAAGAAUACACAAGCAACGUAUACCCUUAAUGGAAGCGAAUUAGGGAUAACAACACACGAAAAGGACUUGGGAAUUGUUAUAGACAACAAACUAUGCAACAGUGUGCAAUGUCAAUCAGCAGUGGCCAAGGCCAGUAAGGUAUUGUCAUGCAUGAAAAAGGGCAUUCAUUCUCGGGACAAGAAUAUAAUUUUGCCUCUUUAUAAAUCACUGGUAAGACCCCAUAUUGAAUAUGCUGUGCAAUUUUGGGCACCUGUUCUAAAGAAGGAUAUUAUGGCACUAGAAAAAGUGCAGAGGCGGGCUACAAAAUUAAUAAAAGGAAUGGAACAUAUCGGCUAUGAAGAAAGGUUAACAAAUUUAAACCUAUUUAGUUUAGAAAAACGUCGCCUGAGAGGGGAUAUGAUAACAUUAUACAAAUAUAUUCGGGGCCAAUACAAACCAUUGUGUGGAAAUCUAUUCACAAACCGGACUUUACAUAGGACACGAGGCCAUGCGUUUAGACUGGAAGAAAGAAGAUUUCGUCUAAGGCAAAGGAAAGGUUUUUUUACUGUAAGAACAAUCAGGAUGUGGAAUUCUCUGCCUGAGGAAGUGGUUUUAUCAGAGUCCAUACAGAUGUUCAAACGGCUACUAGAUGCAUACUUGCAAGAACAGAAUAUUCAAGGAUAUAAUCUUUCAAUGUAGGGUAAUAACUGCUUGAUCCAAGGAUAAAUCUGACUGCCAUUCUGGGGUCAAGAAGGAAUUUUUUUCAAAGCUUGUUGCAAAAUUGUGCUUCAAACUGUUAUUUUUUGCCUUCUUUUGGAUCAACAGCAAAAAACAAAUGUGAGGUAGGCUGAACUUGAUGGACGCAAGUCUCUUUUCAGCUAUGUAACUAUGUAACUAUGUAAUGUUGGGGGAUAGAAUGAUGCCCCAGUAUUGAGAAAAGGGUGGAAUCACCUUCAAUCUGACACAUCUUUUACAGAACAAUACGUGUAUUCCUGACCCUAUAGUGUUAAAAACUCUGGGAAAGCAUUGGAUUGGCUGACAUUGUCAAUUCUGAUGAUCUCAGCCAAGAAAGCGGGGAGGGGGCUGAGCCAAACGCUUCCUUGGCUAUGACGCAUCUCUAUGAGGAAAGUUCAGCGCUUCUAUGCAGGGUGUUGAGCCGCUGAAUGUACUGAGCCAGGAAGCACCUCUAGUGGCCGUCUGAGUGACUGUCACUGGAGCUGUCCCUAGGAAGCAAUGUAAACACUGCCUUUUCUCUGAAAAGGUAGUGUUUACAGCAGAAAGCCUGCAGAGACUGACUAUACUCACCAGGACAACUACAUUAAGUUGUAGUUGUUCUGGUGACUACAGUGUUUCUUUAAAGCUGAAAAUACUAUACAGUGUCUGUUUUGUCCGUCUUGGAAUGAGCCCCUAGAAAUGUUUACAGAUCGGUAAUGCCAUGGGGAUAUGUUGUUGGCAUAUAGACGAUUUGCUUUCUUUAUAACAGUUUUUUUUUCUUUGGAACAGGUGAAAAAGAUAAAGUUCAAGAGGGAAAGAUGGCGAAUGAACAACAGUUUCCAAUCCCUGCAGAACCGGCGCAACUUCUGGUCGGUGGCGCGUCCACGGCAUUUCUCCAGCUUGGCAUACCGGUUCUAAAUGGAAAAUAAAAUUAUUUAAAGAAGCAGCAAAUAUACAACAACAUAAAACAGCAAGAGGACAAGAGGAGUUGUGUCUACAUGGCUGCAUUUUAAAAUCGAACAUUUUGCAGAAAUACACAUCUUGUGCCAGAACACCUGUAUAGACGCCCAUACACGUGUCAUUGUUCAGCAGGAUACGAGAGAGAAGAUGGGAGUGUGUCUUUCAGUCUGGAAUGUAUAAACAAACCCACAAAGUGCUGUUAUUUUGAUUUAUCCGUCUGUUUCACUGACCAUUCAGUUUAGUCCUUUACCAGUAACCGUUACCCCUAUCCUCUCGUAGUACAGCUUGUCAGUUCAAGAGGCACUCUUGGUCUGUAUUCUUCUACCAAUAAAUAAGAGGACAUAUCUGCAAGAAAAAAGGUAGUAUGUACCAGUCAAUGAAGAGGAGAGAAUAUUGGCUGACCACAUGACACCACCAAAUAUAUGUAGACGGUGCUCAAAAUUUCCACUUGAUUUUUUUAAUGAAAAUUGAGACCCAGCGAGGAGAGAUCCACACCUGGUCGGUAUUUCAUGUUGAAAUUUAAAGCCCUGACGUAGAUUAAACCUAUGUUGGAAUGCUCAGAUGACGCGGUGUCCUGCUAGCUAGUAAUUCAGGAGAGGUUUGAGACAUCCUCAACAGGUCUACGCUAUACAUAAUCAGCUUCGGCUUUCAUUUCUUCCUCCAGAUCACUUAGCACUGGGGUAGGCAGCAGGUCGCUAGGCACCUGCCAAACUGCAAUCGAUUUUGAGAUUUGUCGUUUAACAGCCACACUAGCGCAACCUGUAUUCCUAACACUGCUCUAGUUGAUGUUCCAUAUCCACUAUUGAAAACACUUUUCAGCCAACGAGGCGAUCAUUUAAAAACCCGAGACUAAAGGUGGUCGUUUGCGGUCUUCUCUAUGCACCUUCCCAAAAUCUUGCCUUUGUGGGAACGCUCAAUUUCUUACUAGAAUUGAUUUAAUGUAUUUUUUGGAGUUGUUUGCUAGAUGAGGUGCAUGGUGGAGUUUUGAUGAGAUUUAAUACUUUAUCAUUUCCGUUACCACUAUGUGAAGUUUUAAAACUAAAAAUAUAUUCACACCGAACUGCUGUCAAUUGAAAUCCAAAUUGCAAAAUUUAGGCUUUAAUAGCCAAGCUGUGACUUUUCCUGAGUUGGAGAAUAUGUUAAAAGGGAAAUAUUUUUGCCUAAAUGUUGUAUUUGUGUUUUCAGUUUAUUACAGUUCACCGUUUAGCGAAUAUGCCACUUGGAAGUAUAACUGGUUUCUGGCCAUCCCAGCCUCUACUGAAGGGCCCUAAACUCAAACAUAAUGUCUGAUGCUCCUAUAUAUAAACAUUGUAAUUGCCAAAUGCUGCAACCUUUUUCAAAGGGAUAACGUUGAAUCGUACCCCAAUAAUAAUUGUCGUAAUUUAUCAUUUCAAAAUCCUCACUCUUCAGCCAUUUCUCAUUAACCCCAGACAGAUUGAUGGCAGCCACCCUGUCUUUUUAGCAAAGUCCAACACAUUAACAUCGUAACGUUUACUGAAAUCCGUUUAUGUAUCGAACUCCCUGCACUGUUUAGUUCAUGGACUGUGAGACACGCGGUUAACGCAGCCUGUAUAUACAUUCGAACGAUUGGUUAUCAUACACAGGCAAUUCACACAGUGAGUAGACUCAGAUUGCAUUUCACUACAAAAUUUGUGUGAGGGAAAGGGUAUCCCAUGAAGCAGAUAAAGUAUAAUAUAUUUGUAUAUAAAUAUUGGAAAUUAUAUCAGAAUAUUGCAAUAGUGCACAUCAGAGAAGUUAUUUAAUGAAAUCCCCAGUUAUGUACUAGGUGUGACUUCCCUUUGGAUGUUAAAGGGCCGUGUGGUUAUGUACUCAUUCCUUAUGUGAAUUAGUCUGUAAUGUCGGAAUUGUCAUUUAUUUGAGAUUUAUUUCCAUGUAGUAAUUUUACCUUCGGGAAGUGCCUGAUCCCUAGUCAUACCACUACUUUCUAAUUUUUGUUGUAUUAAAUACAAGCACAGCCAUCAUCAGGGCAGGCCUAUGCAACCACUACUCGUUUGUUUUCUGCCUAUUUAAGACGGUCCAAAAUUUCACUAGUGGCUUUCAUCUGUUGGUUCAGCUCCCAAGACCUGGUUCUUUACUCUGGUAGAGUUUACAUAUAGCUUGACUGAAACAGGUUUGUGAGGUCUAAUGAGCUGUAAACUAUUAGACUCACACCAGACUAAAAGGAACAAGUCAGCAUUGGGGUACCUCUCUGAUAUCCUGGUGGGCUGGGUAUUGUGCUCCUUAGACACCGCAUUUCUCCUCUCCGAGAAAAACGUCAGCAGGUACAAAUAUAAAAUAUUUAUUAUUUAUAUUCUAAAAAAAUCAUUAAUUGUAUAAAUGAAUCAAACGGUCCAACGCUGUUCGUCCUGUACAAAGUGCUUUUUAUGGGACACUUCGUUAUGCAAAGCAAAUACAUACAACCUAUUAUAAUAGCAGAUUAGUAGAUAAUGUUUAUUUAUGGUUGUAUUUAUCUUUCAUAAUGGGGGCAUCCCUGAAGAAAUACUGUGUACAGGACGAAAGAUGUUGGACCGUUUGCGUUAUUUAUUGAACUAUUGUUUUUUUAUAAUAAAAGUAAUUCUACUUGUACCUGCUGGUCCCCGUUAAGUUAUUUUUGGAGAAGAGAAACGAGGUGUCUACUAAGGAGCACUGAGAGCAAAAUAUCUCGGCCUCCCAGGAUAACAGGAGGAGGCUCCAUUUUUUUAUUUUAUCUUAUGAGUGCAAUUCUUCUUGCUAGCGGCAUACCUGCAAAAGCAAUUUUACACUUUUGUUAUGUUAUUUUUUUCUUUUUAGAGUUGAGCCGUGCCCCUGUUUUGUAUGGGGAUAUGUUAGUUAUAUAACAGACUGCAGGGUAAGGUCUCGAGAGAGGCUCGCAAUUUUACAACCACCCAAAAUCAUUGAAAUGUUAAAUAAUUUUAUUAUACUAGAGCUUGUAUAUUUUUUUUGAAAAGUUUAUAUCGGUGGGAUAUUGAAUUAACAGGAACAAGGGACUGAUAUCUUUGUGAACGAUUAAGGCCUUUAUUACGCCACGCAUCCCAAUUUGAGGGGUUCUGGGAGUAUUACCAUAAAUACUCGAGCACUGAACAUUAUCCUGCCUUUUAAAACGCUGCUUCACUUUUAAAUCCCAAAUUUCUGCCAUCUAUGGCAGCUUCAUGUCCAUCACUCCCAGAAUCUGAUCUGUUCUGAUUUUGUAUUACCCAAUCGAGCCAUCAACAUUAAUGAUUUCUUCACCUUUCACUGGAUUUCCGUUUAUUUAACCAACAUUGCAGAGCUGCACAGAAAACCUCAGAAUAGGACAUAUAUUUUCUAUACUGUACUAGUAAUUUAAAAUGUCCGGUUUAAAAUGAAAUAUAAAUUCUAACUGGCAAAGUACAGCACCAGGGUUCAUCAUAACCUUAAUAUAUGCCAAACUAGAGACUGUCGCUUUGGUCGUUCACUGAAGUGAAAACGUCCUACUAUUUGCAUAUUGGAUUAGUAUCCCCCAUGCAAAGCAUAUCUUUAAUAUGAUCGUGAUUCGUUUCUUUCGUAUAAAAAUCACUAAGUCAAUGUUAAAAGAAAUUACUGACGAUUUAACACUUUGUGAUUUAGACUUUAGAUAAGCUUUGAAAACUUUAUUUUUAUUUUAUUUUUAUUUUUUACAAAGAAAGAAAGGAUUCCCAAUGUCACGGAUUGUCUCCUUGGCAAUCUGAUUUUCAACGUUAAUUAAUCUGCCUGUUUUACAAGACAUUUUAAAUGUAUAUAUUCUAUAAAUAUCUUUGACUGCUAAUCGAGAUGUUCUGUGUUCUAGAAGGGCUGUGUAAGAUUAACUCAAGAUGUAUCCUCUGCUGUUACAUGUGGGAAAAUAAUCCCAUCUUGCAAUAAAGAAGACAUUUGUGGAA